AUGCGACUGAAAGGACGGCGAUCCGGUCCAGCAAAACGCAAAAGUUUUCGAGUGAAGCAUGCGCCAGGGACUGCUGAACGUAGAAGUGUCACACCGUCAGAUGCGUCUAGCACUGUGGAUCAUGAAAAUAAUACAGAAACGUCGGUAGAUACGCUCCGAUGCCCUCCGAUGAGCCCCAAAGCUGUCAGGAGUGCAUCGGUUAUGCCAGAAGCUGAAGAUGUUACCGUGGCAGACACGCCGAAUGCUCUGGAUAAGAGUUUUGUGAGUGACGUUGCUACCUCACCAGUUCGUUGUGGUCGAAAAGGAGCACCGAGGUGCCAAAUAGCGCUGUACUUGCUGCGUAGGCUGGAGGAGGGGUGUUGGCAGUGGAGAGGGAAUGUCAUCUGGAAUGAAGCAGUCGAGGAGGAAGUGACGGAGCUCUCAUCGCAGGCAAUGCGAAGUCUGGCCUUACGGAUACCGGCAAAGCUCGAUGAGCUGAAUAUAUCGCCGUCGAAGAAGAGCGCAUUAUUGCGAAAGUUGGAAGUGGCUGAGAUAAGGAGACGGAAGAAGGAAUGGGGUGAUAGUACGAUUAAUUAUGCUCAGGCUAGUUUUUUUAAAGUGGGAUUAUCGAACAAUACAAGGACAAAGAGGAAUUCGGACCGAAAAGAUGAAACGUUGAAAAAAGUUAGCGGCGAUAGUGUGCUGAACGGAGAUAACAACGAUGAUACGAAGCCAGGUGGAAGUGUUAGUGACGAAGAAGCGCGAGAAAUUUUGGUUUCUAAACGAAUUCAAUCAGCUACUUCACGUAUAUAUUCACAGUUCAUCGCUCGUGCAUCCAACGAUAUCAGUAAGGAAGAGUUGUCAUCGUUGGUGGAUUCAGUGAAAACAGCAAUUCGAAUUCUGUCAAAAUACGACGUUAAGCCAAAUGACAUUUUCGUCUCGUGA